GAAAGCAUGCUUCAUUUCUUUCUCUCUCCAGCCCUUUCAGAGGGUCGAAAGAAAACUCUGACGGCACGUAUAAAGCAGGAAGGAUGCCGUCGUGCCAAAAUAGCAACAACAGAGCUUUGCUUCAACGUGGCCGUCGAGAAAAAGAAAUCUCUCUCUCAACGAGAAAAGGAAAAGCUGAUGUGGAUUAUCGGCGCUCCCUUUGCUCACCAGGGAUCUCUCAAUAAUAAUUCAUCGUUCAGUCGUGAUGGAAGUGGUGUUGUUAUCGAGAUCGGACCUCGUCUCAACUUUUGCACGCCAUUCUCAACAAACGCCGUCUCUAUCUGCCAUUCUGUUGGUCUGACGGCCGUCAAGCGUAUUGAGCGUUCGUGGAGAUAUCUGAUAGUUGCCGAGAACGAGGAAUCGAGCGGAUCCGAUCCCUUUUCCGACACCGAGAGAGAAAAGAUUGUCGACGCUUUGCAUGAUAGAAUGACGGAAUGCCCGUAUGUUGAUCCUGUUAGCGACUUUGACCUGAAGGCUGAUGCACGUGGAAUUGAGAUUGUGGAUAUACUGGGUUGUGGACGUAGAGCUUUGGAGGAGGCUAAUGUUAGUUAUGGAUUGGCGUUUGACGGUUGGGAUUUGGAUUAUUACACGAAACUUUUCUGCGAGACGAUCAAACGGAAUCCGACGACCGUUGAAUGCUUUGAUCUGGCUCAGUCCAAUAGCGAGCAUUCUCGUCAUUGGUUCUUUAAGGGGCGAAUGGUGAUCGACGGAGUGGAGCAGGAAAGGAGUCUCAUGCAGAUGGUGAGCGAGACACAACAGUACAGUGGGAGGAACAACGUUCUGGCGUUUUGUGACAACAGCAGUGGAAUUCUGGGGUAUGAUGUGUGUGUGUUGCAGCCUUGUGAGGCUGCUAAGCCCAGUAAGUUUGAAGAGAUUGAAGGUCUUACUCGACAUGUUGUUUUGACGGCUGAGACACACAACUUUCCAACCGGUGUGUCUCCAUUCCCAGGUGCAACCACUGGCACUGGUGGUCGUAUUCGAGAUGUCCAAUGUGCCGGUCGUGGAUCCCACGUAAUAGCUGGCACAGCUGGAUACAGUUUUGGUAACCUUCUCAUACCAGGUUAUGAUCUUCCAUGGGAAGACAAGACGUUUCUAUACCCACACAACUUUGCUCCUCCGCUGCAGAUUGCCAUUGAAGCCAGUAAUGGUGCAUCAGACUACGGCAACAAGUUUGGCGAGCCCGUGUUGUCAGGAUUUGCUCGUUCGUUCGGGCUGCAACUUUCUGAUGGAAGUCGAAGAGAGUACGUGAAGCCGAUCAUGUUUAGUGGAGGAAUUGGAGCAAUUGAUGGACGACAUGUGAAGAAAGAGGAGCCAGAGAAAGACAUGCAGGUUGUGAAACUUGGUGGUCCGGCGUAUCGUAUUGGAGUCGGUGGUGGAGCAGCCUCCUCUGUUGUUGUCCAAGGUACGAACGAAGCCAACCUGGAUUUUGGUGCUGUUCAACGAGGCGACGCAGAAAUGGAGCAAAAGCUCAAUCGAGCCAUUCGGGCAUGCAUUGAAAUGGGAUAUAGGAAUCCCAUAUGUAGUAUUCAUGAUCAAGGGGCAGGAGGCAACGGGAACGUUUUGAAAGAACUAGUUGAACCAUUAGGUGCAGUCAUUAGUGUUGGAGGUUUUCAACUAGGGGAUCCUACGUUGUCUGUAUUGGAGCUUUGGGGCGCAGAGUAUCAAGAGAGUAAUGCGUUGUUGUUGAGAGCGAAGGAUGGGCCCGUGUUGAGGGAAAUAUGUGAGAGAGAGAAAGUACCGGUGUGUUUUGUUGGUGUGGUCAGCGGAGAUGGGAGAGUUGUGUUGGAGAGUGAUGGCAAAGAUGAGAUGAAGACACCCGUGGAUUUGAAACUGGAAUGGGUGCUGGGGUUAAUGCCUAGAAAGGUAUUUCAGCUGGAAAAGAAAGCUCCAUUACUAACUCCUUUUCGUCUCCCCAAGUCAUUCUCGAUGGAUGAUGCUCUACAUCGUGUUCUAAAACUACCAUCCGUAGCAAGUAAACGCUACCUCACCAAUAAGGUUGAUCGUAGUGUGACUGGCCUUGUAGCUCAACAGCAAUGUGUUGGCCCUCUUCACACACCGGUGGCUGACGUGGCUGUCAUUUCCUUAUCUCAUUUCAACACAGUAGGGGCGGCAACAUCCAUUGGCGAACAACCGAUUAAGACUUUAGUGAAUCCAUCAGCUGGUGCGAGAAUGGCAGUCGGCGAAGCUCUCACGAACCUUGUGUUUGCUCUUGUCAGUAAUUUACUUGAUGUUAAGUGUAGUGCCAAUUGGAUGUGGCCUGCCAAGCUGCCAGGAGAAGGGGCUGCAUUGUAUGAUGCAUGUCGGGCUAUGUGUGAUGUUUUGUCUGCCAUUGGGGUUGCUGUAGAUGGCGGAAAGGACUCACUCAGCAUGGCAGCACGCAUUGGGGGUGAAAACGUGAAGUCACCAGGAACGUUAGUCAUUUCAACAUACGUCACAUGUCCAGAUAUUGAAGCCACAGUCACACCUGAUUUGAAACAGGCUGGAGGAUCAAGUUUGGUGCUUGUUGAUGUAUCAGGUGGCAAGAGAAGGUUGGGAGGAAGCGCCCUUGCUCAAGUGUACGGCCAGAUUGGAAGCGAGUCUCCUGAUCUCGAUGACCCACAACUGUUUGUUCGUUUUUUCAACACAACUCAGUCUCUAAUACGUGCAGAUCUUGUUCUUUCUGGUCAUGACGUUAGCGAUGGUGGUCUUGUCACUUGUGUAUUAGAAAUGGCAUUUGCUGGCAACGUCGGUAUCUCUGUUGAUAUCCCAGCAGUUUUCUCACCAUCAGACACGGUUUCUAUUCUGUUUGCUGAAGAAUUGGGAAUCGUGCUUGAAGUUGCAGAAACCAACGUCUCGGCUGUCGUUUCAGCUUAUUCUGCUGCUCAAGUUCCAACUUACAUUAUUGGCCAGACUCUUUCUCAGGUUGACAGUUACACUACCAUCAGCAUAGCUGGCAAACUGGUAAUCAAGGAUGAAAUGUCAAAACUACGAGAUAUCUGGGAGAUGACAAGUUUUCGUCUAGAGCGGCUCCAGUGUGAUCCUGAAUGCGUGGCUCAGGAAGAAAGCUUUCUUCGUGAAAGGAAGUCUCCAGCAUAUCGACUCACGUUUGAUCCUGAUACUCCACCAAAGAUUGCUCACUUGUUGACCGAAAAGCCACGAGUAGCCAUAAUUCGUGAAGAGGGCAGUAAUGGAGAUCGCGAGAUGGCUGCUGCUUUUCACAUGGCUGGCUUUGAAGUGUGGGAUGUCAAUAUGUCGGAUAUUUGUUCAGCGAAAAUUCGACUGCAGCAUUUUCGGGGCGUAGCCUUUGUUGGUGGUUUCAGCUAUGCAGAUGUAUUUGGUUCAGCUAAAGGGUGGGCUGCCACGCUUUUGUUUAAUGAGGAAGCUCGUCGAGAGCUUGAAGAGUUUUAUCGUCGGCAGGAUACAUUUGGGUUGGGAGUAUGCAAUGGCUGUCAAUUGAUGGGCCUUUUGGGCUGGGUGGGUAGUGAGUGGGAGGACACAACCAAACCGGGUGUGGUCUUCACUCACAACUCUUCUGAAAGAUACGAAUCUCGUUUUGUCACAGUCAAAGUUCAACAGAGUCCUGCAGUUUUACUUCAAGGAAUGGAAGGAUCGGUAAUGGGUGUAUGGGUAGCUCAUGGAGAAGGUCGAGCAGAAUUUCGUUCACAAUCAGUCAUGGAGUUUGUACACAAACAUAGUCUUGUUCCUGUUGUCUACGUUGAUGACAAUGCUCAACCUACAAUGCAAUAUCCUUUGAAUCCGAAUGGUUCUCCAAUGGCUAUUGGCGGUUUGUGUUCGAGUGAUGGACGUUUCUUGGCUCUAAUGCCACAUCCUGAGCGAACAGCAAUACGAUGGCAGUGGCCAUGGAUGCCACAAGAAUGGAAGACAAUGAAGACGUCGCCGUGGUUGAGAAUGUUUCAAAACGCGUACACCUGGUGCGUUGAGAAAUGACAAGUUAAUCAGGCACUGAAUUUAGUUGGUCUUUUGUCUAAUGUCUAAAUAUGGCAGUGAAUUACAAUUGCAUUUGAUGGAGGAUUGACGUUGAGCAUCGGGUUUUGCUUUGUUUGUAAGCCAAGCAGACUUGCGUGGUAUCAUAGGUCACAGUUUUUACACAGAGACAAGUCAUUUACAGAUUCAAACAGACUGUAUGACGUCACACUCUGCUUGCUUUCAGAGCUCCGUGUCACAACUUUUAUUUGCUUUGCUUGUGGUUUGCUUACAGAAAACUUGAAAUAGCAAAUAUAAAUUUUAGUGAG